GUGUAUCCAUCAUAUGAAUGGCAUUUGGGGAGUGCUUUCAGACCACCCAUGGGACAUGCUGUGUUUGUUUUUGGUGCUGCUGGUGCUGGAAAAACGACUUUCUGCAGAAAUUUGAAGGAAAACGGACUACCAAAGAGAAACAUUCGUCUGAUCAAUCUCGACCCUGCACAGGAGAGCGGCGGAGACUACGACUUGGAUUUAUGCGACUUCAUUACCGUGAAGGAAAUUAUGAACGAGUGCGACUACGGCCCAAAUGGUGCACUUUUCUAUGCUCUGAGAGAAAUGUGUGAGAACAUUGAUGAGCUCGAUUUACAGGACUUUGAAAACGACUAUUUUGUUUUUGAUUGUCCUGGUCAGAUUGAGCUUUUUAUACACUCGGAUAUUUUACAGACAUGUGUAAAGCAUGUAAAAAAUUUUGCAAAAAUAGCAAUUGUGUACUUGAUAGACUCUACCAACUUCAUGAACAGCUCAAAGCUCAUGUACAGUCUCCUGUGUGCAACAAUAUCCAUGUAUAGAUUUUACCUUCCCGUUCUUAAUGUUGUCUCAAAAAGCGACUUGUUAGAUGAAGAAAAGCUUGGACAGAUUAUCAGCGGAGAAGACAUUUUUGAGAGCGAGUUUUCAGAUGACGAAAGCGGAAGGCUUAGCCGGGCCAUUGUAGAAUAUGUGGACAGCCAUGGAAUGCUAGACUUCAUACCUUUAGAUUGGAAGAACGAAGACAUGGUGGAGAGUUUGCUUUUGUGCUUGGAUAACAUUCUCCAACGAUAUGAUGACGAGGAGCCAAGGGAGGUUAAAUGUGAUUGA